ACAGUCAAUCAAUUACAUGCAUGCAUGUAAUAGCUUUCAGAGUCGGUUGUGAGCAUUUGUGUGGUUCCAGGUUUAGACGAGGAAGAGAAGAGUUGUCCUCACUGUUUUGUGCCCACAACACUUACUACGUCUCAACAAGUCUUAAUGUUGAUUCCUUUCCUCACUCACGGAAGAAGUAAUCAUCAUCUGCAGCUAUUUGUUUCUACCAUUUUGUGACUGUGACCAGGAAAAGGAAGAGAUUACGCAGAAGAAUGACUGUAAUGGCAGGUUACGUGAUGAAGAUGACGAGCUGAAGGCGUAUAAGUCCACCACCCACUGAUCUCCACUCUCUCGAACUCACUCUUCAUCCUUUCCCUGCUUCCAGUUGCAGAGCCAUGGGAUCCAUCAAGGAGGAGCUGCAGCUGACCCCCCAGGAGGACGAGGAGGCCUGCAUGUACGCCCUCGAGCUGGCCAGCGGCCCCAUCCUGCCGAUGACCGUCAAGGCCGCCGCCGAACUCGACCUCUUCGAGAUCCUCGUCAAGGCCGGGCCGACCCCGAAGCUGAGCGCCGCCGACAUCGCCGCCCAGAUGCCCACCCAGAACCCGCAGGCGGCCGUCAUGGUGGACGGGAUCCUCCGCCUGCUCGCCGCCUACAACAUCGUCAGAUGCACCGUCGAGACCGGUGCCGACGGCAGGCCGUCGGGGAAGUACGGACCGGCGCCGGUGUGCAAGUACCUGGCCAAGAACGAGGACGGCGUGUCCAUGGUCUCUCUGGCCAUGAUGACCCUGGACAAGGUCCUCAUGGAGAGCUGGUACCACUUGAAGGACGCGGUGUUGGACGGCGGCAUCCCGUUCAACAAGGCGUACGGGAUGAUGGCGUUCGAGUACUACGGCACGGACGCCCGGUUCAACAAGGUGUUCAACGAGGGCAUGAGGAACCACUCCACCAUCAUCACCAAGAAGCUGCUCGACAUUUACUGCGGCUUCGAGGGCGUCAAGGUGCUCGUGGACGUCGGCGGCGGCGUCGGCAGCACCAUCUCCAUCAUUGUCGCCAAGCACCCUCACAUCAAGGCCAUCAACUUCGACCUCCCCCAUGUCAUCUCCGAGGCGACACCCAUCGCAGGAGUCGAGCAUACAGCCGGCGACAUGUUCGCGAGCGUUCCGAGCGGAGACGCCAUCCUGUUGAAAUGGAUCCUCCACGAUUGGAGCGACGAGCUGUGCGUGAAGAUACUGAGGAACUGUUGGAAGGCAUUGCCGGAGAAAGGAAGGGUUAUAUUGGUGGAGUGCGUCCUCCCGGUGGUUCCGGAGCCAAUGGGGCGAGGUCGGGGAAUGUUCCAUUUGGACCUCGCGAUGAUGGCUCACUUCCCGGGAGGGAAGGAGAGGACAGAGAUAGAGUACGAGAUGUUAGCAAGAGAAGCAGGCUUCUCAGGAUUCAAAGCCACUUACGUCUUCGCUAAUACUUGGGUCAUUGAGAUCGCGAAAUAGAAUGGGGAAUUAUAGUUUAAGUGCAUGCAUGUUCUAUUUCUGGAUCCUAUAUGUUGUGAUCUUAUGCACUAAUGUUCUAUCUAAAAUUAUCUCUAAAGAGAAC